CCCGGGUCUACGCCAUGCGCGUGCUGCUGCCACUGCUGCGCACCAGCUGGGCCAGGCGCUUGGGCGCCCCGGCUGCCGCCGCCGCCGCAGCCGCCGCCGCCCGCCUGCCGCGGGGAGCUAGCGCAGGGCCCGGGCCGCGCCGCGCCAUGGCUUUUUACCGCACAGAGGAGCGCGGCCAGCCCCACUCUCCCGGUUACCGCCUCUUUUUCAAGAAUGUAGCUGGUCACUACAUUUCCCCCUUUCAUGAUAUUCCUCUGAAGGUGGACCCUGAAGAGGAAAAUGGCAUUCCUACAAAGAGAGCACGAAAUGAUGAAUAUGAGAAUUUGUUUAAUAUGGUUGUAGAAGUACCUCGGUGGACAAAUGCUAAAAUGGAGAUUGCCACAAAGGAGCCAUUGAAUCCCAUUAAACAAGAUGUAAAGGAUGGCAAGCUUCGCUACGUGGCAAAUAUCUUUCCUCACAAGGGUUAUAUAUGGAAUUAUGGUGCCCUCCCUCAGACUUGGGAAGAUCCCCAUCGAAAAGAUAAGAGCACAGACUGCUGUGGAGAUAAUGAUCCUAUUGAUGUUUGUGAAAUAGGCUCAAAGGUUCUUUCUCGUGGAGAUGUUGUUCAUGUGAAGAUCCUCGGAAUUUUGGCUCUUAUUGAUCAGGGUGAAACAGAUUGGAAAUUAAUUGCUAUCAAUGUGAAUGAUCCUGAAGCCUCGAAGUUUCAUGAUAUUGAAGAUGUUAAGAAGUACAAACCUGGUUACUUAGAAGCUACGCUUAAUUGGUUUAGAUUUUAUAAGAUACCAGAGGGAAAACCAGAAAACCAGUUUGCUUUUAAUGGAGAAUUCAAGAACAAGGCUUUUGCUCUUGAAGUUAUUAAAUCUACUCAUGAAUGUUGGAAAGCAUUGCUUAUGGAGAAGUGUGCUGGAGGGGCUAUAAAUUGCACAAAUGUGCAGGUAUGUGAUAGCCCUUUCCAUUGCUCUCAAGAGGAAGCAAGAUCAUUAGUUGAAUCGGUGUCAUUUUCACUGAAUAAAGGAAGUAAUGAAGAAGAUCAAGUAUGGCACUUCCUUGGCAAGUGAUGAGAACAUUUGAAGUUCUGCCAUCAGGAUUCCAGUCUCUAAAAACUCCAAGACUCCAUCUCCCCCAAGUGCUAGAAACAAGCAGAUCUAUGAGAAUUUGCUAACUUCCUGUUGAAACUUCUUUUUUUUUUUUUCAAACUUUUUGAGAUAUGCAAAGUGUAAAUAA